AUGCCGAACAAUACGAACAAUCCUCGUGCAAACAAUCCUCGUGCAAACAAUCCUCCUCCAAACAAUCAAAACAGACAUGUGUAUCCUCCUACGUUAACACCUAAUCAAAUAAAAGCAGUAGGACAAAAAAGAGAUGAAAAUGGUAAAUUUUCAAAUAAAAAAGGUGCCACUCCUAUCAAUCACUAUACAAGACCCAGCCAAUG